ACGACACGCCCCCUUCGAGACGGCGAGGUCCCUGGGGUUGAUUACAACUUUCUGUCCGUAGAGGACUUCCUAAACCUUGAGAAGAGCGGAACACUACUGGAAAUAGGAACAUAUGAAGGUGAGGAUGAUAAUGGUGAUGUUGGUUUUGGUGAUGGUGAUGAAGAUGAUGGUGAUGAUGAUGAAGAUGAUGAUGAUGAUGAUGAUGAUGAUGAUGAUAGUGAUGAUGGUAGACUGUAGGAGUGGAAAAGAUAAUAUUUCACCAGGUCACCAGAUUCUCCUCACCUAGAUUAGUACAGUGUACCGCAGUGAAAAGUCUUCUGUCCUGACAGAAACUACAAUCCACCUAUGUGUUUGUGUGUGUGUGUUGUGGGUUGUGUGUGUGUGUUGUGGGUUGUGUGUGUGUGCAACAGCGUUAGUCUGCUUGGCACCUGCACUACUGCGUGUUUGACACCUUUCUCUCUGCCCCGCAGACAAUGUAAAAUACCUGUCCACAGGAGCCUAUUGCCUUCCAAAUACAAAUAUGAGGUAGACCUAUGUACAGUGUGUCAGUAACAUGACAUGCAGUGGCAUUGAGAUAAGACUUCCAUUCUCAUAUCCAAAAUUGUCACUUUCCAAGAAUUGUGGAUAGACUUUUUAAAGAUAUUUUCAGGAUUCUUUCUGAAGAUAUUUUCAGGAUAUACAUUUUAUCAGUUGUAGAUAAUGACAUAGAAUUUGUGUUUUGUAUUGAACAUGUGUUUCUAUCUCUUGGAUUGCAUUGUGGGAAAUAAACCUUAGUAACAAAUCUGGCACUGACCAAUGAUAAGCCAGUCAUUUUAAUGUAUACUUUAACGAGGUAAAGAUUCUCUUCCCUUCUGAGCCGGUCCAUUGUAUUAUCUGUGUAUGCUCCCUGCUCCCAGACAAUACAGCUCUCCCCUCUCAGUCUAUAACACCAUUGGCUAGGGGGAAAAGCCUGAUUUUCCAGCAGCUGCUUAUUUCCACCAUUUCAGGAUGCAUUGUGCUCUGGCAUUGUCUAUUUUUCCCCUGCGUAAGAUUUUAAGAUUUUAUAGAUCUCCUUCCCUCUAUCUCUGUCCUCUGUCUCUCUUUCCCUUCAUUUUUUCUCUCUUGAUCUAUCUCUUGCCCCCCUCUCUAUCUCUGUUCCUCUCCCUCCCCCUCCCUCCUCUCUCUCUCUCAGGCAUGCUAAUGUCCCUCUUGUUGCCUAGGUAACUAUUAUGGGACCCCCAAGCCACCGAGGCAGCCCGUGGUUGGGACAGUGAUUCUCAGUGAUGCUGUGCUCCUCGACGGCCCCCCAGGCUCCCAGCAGUCCACUCCCAAGCGCACCAAGUCCUACAAUGACAUGCAAAACGCCAGUGUAGUGCCGGCUGACUACGAGGAUGACGACCAGGUUACGGAAAUGAACAACAGUUUUACAGGUGAGUCAUCGUACAUGCAGUCAGACAGUUUGAUACAGACUACCACUACCAAACCAGGCUUGUGUUCACUGUGGGGUGAGUGUGGGGGGGUGAGGUGUGUGUGUGUUCAUGCAUGCAUGUCUGUAUGUGUGCUAGUAUGUCUACACGCAUGUAAAAGAGAAUGCGCUUUCCUCUGCUCUGUGUUGCUGGGUGUCUGGCGGUUGCAUCAUGUCUUUGUGAUGCUGAUUUCUCUUUGUUAGAGUCUUAACAGUGCCAUCUGCCUGUGAGGAGGGAAGAAACACAGUACAAGCAGAAUUCAUAGGGCCUCGAUCUCCUCUGUCACUCACUUUCUCUCGCUCCCCUUUCUCUCUCCCUCUCUUCUUUUCCUCUCUAUAUUUCUCCUUCUUCUCUCUUCCACUCAUUUGUGUCUUCGUCUAAUGCACUAAUCUAUCUGUUAAUGGAGUGUUGAUAUUUCCCACCUAUUUAUGGUGAUGAGUAUAACACUUUGUGUUGUUUUUUUAGGCCUCAUUUCUGAUGUCUAACUGAGUUUGAAAUAUUGCUUAUCAGAACCUGUGUUAAUGUGUUAGCCCAGAAAGGAAGCAAGUUGAGGAUGAGUGUUUUUCUCUCCGUCUCUCUCUGUCCGUCUCCCUCUCUUUGAAGUCUGUUCCAUCCUGGAGAGUGUGUGAGACAUUCAGUCAGUUCCUAGAUGGAGGGGCUUUUUCCUGGUCGGGUGGGCGGACGGUGUGAAUCUAUGGCCCUCUCUGUGUGUCCUGCCAGCCUAGCAGAGUGGUGAAUUAGCGUUUGAUCACCCCUGAAAAGCUCACGGAUGUGAGAGAGGAGCGAGGGAGGCAGGGAGGGAAGGAGAGUGGGAGGGAACUAGGGGUAGGGGGGUUUAGAGAAAUGGAGGCUGACUGCAUUUGCAUUAUAGUCAUUGGGCCCCAUUCCUUUUGGACUAGCAGGCAGGGGGUUUACAGAAGGAGGGAGGUAGGCAGAGAGAGAAAGAAGGAGGUAAAGAGGGAAAUAGGUUUUUUAGUCGUGAACCAUAGUAUAACUCUUUUUUAUGGUCAGGUGAUGCAUUGAUAUAAUGCACACAGUAGUCUUAGCAUAAAGUGUCUUAUCGUUCCAUCCAUAGAUUCCCACAUUCCGGUUGCUGCAUGAAACAUAAACCUCCCCACUCUGUUUUGUUUCGUGUUGUGCUCCUUACCUACCCAGGAUCCUUAGUGCGUAGUCUCUUCCCCUCUCCCUUGUUGUGCACAGGUAACCCUAGCGACCAGGACGAGAGCCGCGGCGGCAUUCUACGGCCCUAUCCCGCGCGCGAGAAUGCUCCGUCCUAUGGUCUGAACAACGUGGCCGCCUCCAGCUUGGACAACGGGCAGCAGACGCACGCCCAGCCCCAGGCCUCUCCUGAAGACCCCCUGGGACCCCUGCCAGACAACUGGGAGAUGGCCUACACAGAGAACGGAGAAGUCUACUUUAUAGAGUAUGUAUAAUAUAUAUUAUACCCUACAUCCUAUACCCUAUACCCCACCCACCCUUAGCCUAUUCAGAAAGUGUACUUUACAAAGUAUGUAUUAUAUACCCUAUAUACUUCAUCCUACAACCUACAAUAGCUUGCGUCAUAGUGUACAUAUUUACCCAAUACCCUAUGUACAGUAACUACCCUUAGCUUACACCAAGAACAGAGAGGUCUACUUCAUAGACUACAUACCCUAUACAGUACCCUAUACUGUCAAGCUUCUCUGUCCUGUAUCCCAGCACUCUCCCUCCUCCCCUCCCCCAGACAGGCCUGUCAUUGCUCAGUGCUCUCCAGGCCGUUAAUCCUCCACAGCCUGAUCUCCUUAGAGAUCAUAGGCAGGUCAGAUCACCUGACCACUUCCAUGCAGCCCAGCCCUCUGUCCUCAGACCAACACACAGAGCUGGGGCUGCCUGACUGCCUGGCUGGGAGAGGAUGAGGAAAUGGCUGGGUGCAUUCAACACCUGCAUGUUGGUCUGCUUUUAUGAUUGGACUAGCAAAGUCAAGAGGAUUGAAAGGAGAGCUUGCAGUGGGGAUGUCGAGGAUACAGCUACCUAUUCUAGACAAUACGUCGACACUGACAGGUCUCCUUUCAACCCUCUUGUCUGUGUUUCUCAAUGGGGGAGAAGUCUGUUUAGUGUAGCGUAUGUAGCGUGUAGCGAUCUCUGUUUGAUUUUACCUGCUUGUUUUAGCGACAAGCCCAUUGACAUUUACCCCUCACAUCCAUGUGCUGAUGAGAUCAUUGGGCUUUUGUUUGCUUUUUGUGCUUAUCACCUUGACUUCAGAGCCAAUCUUUAACAGCUCUGUGUAUGUGUUGUUUCCUCAGCCACAACACAAAGACCACAUCGUGGAUCGACCCUCGCUGUCUUGAGAAACCUCUGAAACCUCUGGAGGAGUGUGAGGAUGAUGGUAAGCCAGGCCCUGUGUGUGUGUGUGUAUGUGUGUGUGUGUGUGCUGUGACUGUGUUUCACUCAUUUCCGUGCUGUGUUGUUUACCACCUAAUCUUGCACCUUGUUGAUGCUAUCAGUAGAUGAUGCCAUUGAGCUCAUACUCAGAGAUAUAAACAUGAUUAAAUAUUUUUCUAUAGAGAGCAAUAGUAAUGGCAUCUUUUUGUAGGCACUAACUCCGCCGUGAAUCUUUGGACAAAGCUUAUGGGGAAAUAAAUGGGUUCAUAACAUUUAACCGUGGAUGUACGGAGAAAAUGCCCUCCCCAACCCCCCCCCCCCCCCCCCCCACACACACACACACAAGUAGAAACUGCAGGUUCAUUGCUACCGGGCCGGCACGCAGCAGGUACCACUUUUGUUCUAGCAAGUAUUGACAUUAUAAUUAAAUCACAAUGGAUUCGUUUCCAUAAACAGCUGCCUGUGUUAUCUGCAACAUUAGUGCAGUGUCCUUAGCUAGCUAGGUAGCUAUGUUGCACUAGCUAGUGAAUAUGCUAACGUAAACUAGCUAGCUAAACAUAUGGCUAUGGGCUGGUACUGGCAUUAUGGGAUUAGGGAGAGUGAAUUAAAUUGUUUCUACGUCAUCUUGCUAGUUAGUUAUCUAGCUGUGGCCAUCUGGCUGGUAUCAACAAGGGCUUUCUACAAAAUAGCAACAUUAGCACACCUAGCUAGUUAGCUAACAUUGGAAUCUAGACCAUAAACUAAGCAACACACACAUACAAACAAUGCUACUGCCACCUCCUGGUUUGGAGUAUUUUAACAAGGCUGAGUGACUGAUAACUUCAAGGUCUUUGCUGUGUGAACACAAAAGAGAUUGACAAUCCUACCGGUGUGUCUGGCUGAACAAACCAGAGGUAACUCAUUUCUGUUAUUAGGUCCCAAUCCCUUUCAGAGGGGUAUAGUCACAUUUCGGUUGGACCUGUGCAAUUGGCCAAUAAAGUCAUCUUAAUCUUAAUCUCUAAACUGGUGAGCUGUAUAGACUGGUCCUGUCAUUACUUUGAGAUUGGCUUUCCAUCUAAGGAAUUGUGUAAUAGCUCAUUUAAAGAUUUGUUUACUCCACUGUGUAAAUUGUAGUCAAACAAAUAUCUAUGUAACAAUGUGACAUACAUUUUGUUUACCGAACAUACAAUAAUGAUAAAGAUGUCUGUGUGUGAAUCUUCAGAACACAGAAAUUGGUACUCAAAUUCAGAACGACCAAUAUCAGAAAUGGCACCACCGUGUAGCCAUUUUGCUGUCAUCUGUCAUAUCUUAGUUUCAUACGUCAUUGAUUUUAUGGAUUAUGGCACAUCUAUUUUUUGGUAAAGACUAAUUAGGUGAUUUAAAGAUCUCUUUUCCUCUACCUACUUGUCUUUCUCUGUAAUACUACUUUACUACCUCUCUUUAUUUCCUUUUCUUUGUCAUUCCAUCAACCAAUCAACCCUCUUUCUGUUUUCAUCUUAUUUUCUCUGUUUCAUCCUGCUCUCUUCACCUUGGAGAAGAAGGGGUACACACUGAGGAACCAGACAAUGAGCUAGGUAUGCACCUUUAUUUGCUCUCUCUCUCUCUCUCUCUCUCUCUCUCUCUCUCUCUCUCUCUCUCUCUCUCUCUCUCCUCUCUCUCUCUCUCUCUCUCUCUCUCUCUAUGUCAAUGCAUUGGCUAUUGGCUGUAUAUUGGGGUCUCAAUCUGUCCUUUGUAUAUUAUAAUCAUUUUAGAUUUUCACAAUCAUUUUAGAUUUUAGCUCAAAUGUUUAAAUUAUGUGUCUCUGUACUUGCUCGCUGCUUGCUUCUAACUACUGAGUGAGUGGCAGGAGUGAUUUUCUUUAAUGCAGCAGAACACAUUAGUAAUGUGUUUGGUUUGACAUCUCAGGUUCAUCUAUGUACUUUGAGCUGCUCCACAGACUGGAAAAUAGCACUGCUGAUUCACAGGCCACUUUGUAGACUAUUUGACAGAAACAUAAACACUCCUGAAAGGGAAUGAAAUCUCUGACUCUUUCAGGGCUCUGAGUGUCGGGCCUAUGAGCUCCUAUUAUUUCUGGCACAUGAGAAGCAGGCAGUCUGAUUAUCGAUUGUGAAAUCCAGCCCACUCCAAAAGUGUUUGUGGGAGUUGGCAGCAGCCCACGCUAACACACGGCGCUAAUGUCUUUGUAUGAAAUCAAAUACAGUGAGAUGCUAAUGCUUUAAUAGGGAUUGUGUCAGUUUAAAGAAGACUUCCAGCCAUUUGUUUUACUUUUACUGUUUAAAAGCGAUAUCCCAAGUAUAAAUACAGUAAAAUACACACACUAAAGGGUAGAAAAAUAUGUUUUGAGCAAAAUAGUGUUUUUUAGACACAACUACAAACUUCAAGGAGUAGGGCAUUCAAGGAGUUGGUCUGAUGGGGAUUUGUGAUGUCAUCGGCCUCACCCUUGCUCAAGGAACAAUAGAGGAGCAAUAGAGAACAAAAGAGGAACCCCCCCACCCACCCACACUUGUGCCAUUUCAUGAGGAUACCUGGACGUGCUGGACAACCUAUUGAGACGUGCCUUUUGUUAAGUAAAUCAGAUAAUAAAUGAGCUGAAAGGAGACUGGAGUAGGCCCUCUCUGCCUGACUUGCAUGAGGCAUGCAAUUGUGUGCAUCUAUCAACUGUUUGUAGCAGUUGAUUCAAUGUAUAGAAAACAACCUGGUUCUGCUCUGAAGAUAAAAAUGACCCAUCUGGAGCCAUUGUGAGUGGGCUGGGCCUGAGCGUAUGAACAGUAAAUCUAGUAGGAGGCAGCAGUCAAGCUCUGCAGUCUGUAAUUUAGUUCAGAGACUCCCCUGACAGCUAGCUGUGUAUGUAGCCUGUGUGUACCUUGCUCCGUGAGGUAGAGGGAGUAGUUUGACUCCAUUAUUAAAUGCCUGCACCGUGGCCCACUGACAAUACAGAGAAGAAAAAAAAAUAGGAAUAAUAAAGCGAAGAGUCAGGUCAGGUAAACAUAUAUUCACUUCAGUGUUGGUUCACACACCUGAGAGACCUUCAAUAAGAAAAACAGUACAGCGUCACCCUCGGAAGUACUUCCUGAAUGAGAACACUACCUCUUAUAAAUACUCAACUGACCACUGGGCUCAUUUGAGAAUCAUCACACCACACCAAUCUAUUCUGACAUCUACUGCAACACCAGUAACUGUAGUGAAUGUGUCAUUACAGUGAUGUAACAUGGCUGUUCCUUCUCUGUUUCAGAGCUGCCUGCAGGAUGGGAGAAGAUAGAUGACCCAGUGUAUGGGGUGUACUACGUAGAGUAAGUUAAACACCUUACUGACAUAGCUCUGUUUUCACAUUCCUCUCAUUUAUCCCACAAUAAUGAAUAAGACUGAAUACAUUUGAUUUAUGUUAUGCAUCAGCAUUUUCAUAUAGUUUACUGUAAACGGUGUCAUUUCAGCUGAACUAGUGUUUUCUCUCUCUGAUUUGCCACACAUACUGACUUUCAAUGGCUAGCUGUCAGACCUUUUCUACAUUCAUUGUAUUAUAAUAGGUUUGAACCUAAGAAGAUUUAGCUGAAACCGGACUCCAUUUUGUGUGGCCAGUGUGUAGUCCUAUGCGGUUAGCACUGAGCUGGAGGGAAUUAAGAGGUUGUGAGCCAGAGGAUGUCAAACACUGUGUACCGCCAUUUAUCAUGGUGACAAUGAAUCUCUCUCUCUCUCUCUCUCUCUCUCUCUCUCUCUCUCUCUCUCUCUCUCUCUCUCUCUCUCUCUCUCUCUCUCUCUCUCUCUCUCUCUCUCUCUCUCGCUCUAUCCUUCCCCCCUCUCUCCAGUCACAUCAACAGGAAGACCCAGUAUGAGAACCCCAUAGUGGAGGCUAGGCGCAGGAUGCAGCUGGAGCCUCCUGAAGGUGAGCGGUACAUUCGAGGUUCGUUUCCUGCCCUGGCAAGGCACCAUUUCUUUCUUUCUUCAUGUCCGUCUCUGUCUCGUCACGUCUUGUCUUGUCUCAGGUCUUGUUCUGCAGUGUUGGGGUCGAUUCCAUUUGAAGUCAGUCAUUCCAGGAAGUGAAUCGAAAUCCCAGUUCAUAUUGGAAAGUUGCCUUUAAAAAUGAGUGUCACUUUUCAGUUCCUCAGAAUUGGAAUUUCAAUUGAUUCUCCUGGAUUUGAAGUGGAACUGACCCUGUUGUCCUGUCCAGUCUGUGUUUGGGUACUUAUUAGUUUGAUUAAAGAUCAUUAAAGCAUCAUUAUCAUCCUUUCAAGACAUGUACUGUAGCAUUUGCUUAUUUGUCAUCAGAGGCUUAGAGCUGUCGAUGCUGCCAUCUACUGUAUGUGCAAACUGCUGCUGAUAUCAUGCUUGCUAAGUGUUGGGACCACUGAGACACAAUGUUAUGAUGAAAUGGCAUGUAAUGAUCAGAUGUAAUGUUAAAACAUCUUAUAAAUAAAUGUCUCUCUCAUUGUAUAAUUUACUGGGUUAGAAUAAAUGACUACUUGCCAGUUAAUAUGAACAAUGUGUUAGUCUGUCAAGACAUUUGGGGAUCUUGAGGAGUGUGGGUGUAUAUAGUACAUGUGCUAACUAUGUAGAGCAAGUUUAAGUGAGCAAAUGCAUGAAUGUGACGCUUAUGUGUGUGUACCUAUGUUUGUAAUUUAUGUACGUUUGUGUUUGUCAGUGUGUGUGCGUGUGCAUGUCUGUGUAUGUUUGUGUAUUUGUGUGUGUGUGCGUUCGUGCGUGUGCGACUGCAUGCGUGCAUCUCUGUGUGUGUGUGUGUGUGAUUUCACAGUCCCUCUGUGUCUCUCUCUGUACAGAGUGGAUAGAGGAGCACUCCUCAGCUGGUGCUCCCCUGGCCAACUAUGCCAAUAACCACCUAGAGACGUACCGCGACCCGCACGUCCCGCCCCCGCUGCCCCCUGCCCCUGGAGGGACCAAACGUGAGUGGGGUUACACCUAAAGGGUUCUACCUGGAACCAAAAAGGGUUUUUCAAAGGAUUCUCCUAUGGGGACAGCCGAAUAACCCUUUUAGGUUCUAGAUAUCACAUCGUGUAGCAAUGAGUAAGUGGAGCAGACAAGGUGCGCUCGCGCUGUAAGGGGACAUCGGCUGCACUGAUAGACAUACUUGAUCCUCUCUCCAUCAGUUGACAACGUGAGACAGAAUUUGAUAGAAGGACCGAAAGUAACAAAACAUGUUAGAGUAUCAAAAAAGUUUCAGUAUACCAUGCAACACACACACACACACUUUCAAUACCAGGAUCUUGUGUACUACGGACAUCUGACUCGCAAUAAUAUAUACCCUCAAUGUACAGUUCCAGGGCACACACAUGCAUGACCAGACACAGACCAGGCGAUCCUCGUGAUCAAGGGUUUCUAGAGCUCAAACUCUUGAGGAAACAAUUACCGUAUGAUGUCAUUAACCUGUCUAUCAGCUACACGUUGUUACUAUAAUGAAAGCUGUAUUUAUUUCAACUAGCUAUGACUAAUAUAUCAUGGAUGGAUCACUAGGAAAUAUAUUAAGCAUUCUCUCCUGGCAACCACUUUACUAUUUUCACUGAUUAAAGAAAUGGUGAACAAUUUAAUAAAUACAGUAUAUGGAUGCUUGGGUUGAUUGGAUGGACAGACAUACAGACAUACAAGGUUUACAUUGAGAUUUCUGGUCACUGGCCUACACACAAUACCCCAUAAUGUCAAAGUGAAAUAAUGUUUUUAGAAAUGUUUACAAAGUAAUUAAAAAUGAAAAGCUAAAAUGUCUUGAGUCAAUAAGUAUUCAACCCCUUUGGUAUGACAAGCCUAGUAAAAUAGUAAAAUGUUGCUUAACAAGCCACAUAAUAAGUUGCAUGGACUCACUCUGUGUGCAAUAAUAGCGUUUAACAUGAUUUGUUUUAUGACUACCUCAUCUCUGUACCCCACACAUAAAAUCAUCUGUAAGGUCACUCAGUCGAGCAGUGAAUAUCAAACACAGAUUCAACCACAAAGACCAGGGAGGUUUUCCAAUGCCUCGCAAAGAAAGGCAGCUAUUGGUAGAUGAAAAAAAAUAAAAUAAAAGCAGACAGAAUAUCCCUUUGAGCAUGGUGAAGUUAUUAAUUAGGCUUUGGAGGAUGUAUCAACACACCCAGUCACUACAAAGAUACAGGCGUCCUUCCUAACUCAAUUGCCGAAGAGGAAGGAAACCACUCAGCGAUUUUACGAUGAGGCCAAUGGUGAUUUUGAAACAGUUACAGAGUUUAAUGGCUGUGAUAGGAGAAAACUGAGGAUGGAUCAACAACAUUGUAGUUACUCCACAAUACUAAUGAAAAUAAGGAAGCCUAUACAGAAUACAAAUAUUCCUAAACAUGCAUCCUGUUUGCAACAAGGCACUAAAGUAAUACUGCAAAAAAUGUGGCAAAGCAAAUACAUUUUUGUCCUGAAUACAAAGUGUUACAUUUGGGGUAAAUCCAAUACAACACAUUACUGAGUACCACUCUCCAUAUUUUCAAGCAUAGUGGUGGCUGCAUCAUGUUAUGGGUAUGCUUGUAAUCAUUAAGGACUGGGGAGUUUUUCAGGAUAAAACAUUUAUGGAAUAGAGCUAAGCACAGGCAAAAGCUUAAAGGAAAACCUUUCCACCAGACACUGGGAGAUGAAUUCACCUUCAGCAGAACAACAACAUAAAACACAAGGCCAAAUCUACACUGGAGUUUCUUACCAAGAAGACAGUGAAUGCUCCUGAGUGGCCGAGUUACAGUUUUGACUUAAAUCUACUUGAAAAUCUAUGGCAAGACCUGAAAAUGGUUGUCUAUCAAUGAUCAACAAUCAAUUUGACAGAGCUUGAAAAAUCUUGAAAAUAAUAAUUGGUAAAUGUUGCACAAUCCAGUUGUGGAAAGCUCUUAGAGACUUACCCUGAAAUACUCACAGCUGUAAUCACUGCCAAAGGUGCGUCUUCAAAGUAUUGACUCAGGGAUGUGAAUACUUAUGUAAAUUAGAUAUUUCUGAAUUUCCUUUUCAUUCAAUUUGCAAAAAUGUCUAAAAACAUGUUUUCACUUUGUCAUUAUGGGGUGUUGUGUGUGUAGAUGGGUGAGAAAAAAAAGAAUUUAGUCCAUUUUGAAUUCAGGCUGUAACACAACAAAAUGUACAAUAAGUCAAGGGAUAUUAAUCUUUCUGAAGGCAUAGGUAGACAAAUAAUGUGAAGUAAUAUAUGAUGUAACCGACCCAUACAUACAGACAUACAUACAGACAGGCAGAGAGGCAGACAGAGAUAAAAAAGAUAUUCCAGAUAAUGUUCCUUUCCCUGUGUUCUCUAGGAGGGAAGCCGUUCUUCACACGGAACCCAGCGGAGCUGAAGGGAACCUUCAUCAACACCAAACUGAAGAAGAGCCGCCGCGGGUUCGGCUUCACCGUAGUUGGGGGCGACGAGCCGGAUGAGUUCCUGCAGAUCAAGAGUCUAGUCCUGGACGGUCCUGCUGCUUUGGAUGGGAAGAUGGAAACAGGUGCAGUACACCGCCUUAGCCCACCUGAGGGCACUGUUUCACACCAUUUAUACAGAAAGCAUUUGCGCAAUUCCUAUGGGGAUUGAAGUGAUUGUGUAAGCUAAGAAACAAACAUAAAGGGGCCAUACAGUAUGUCACGAUACUUGCACCCCACAUAGUACAUUCAUUGUAUUGCUUACUGUGCUACUAACAGUGUUAUUAAUGUGCUUGUAAUCCUGUUACUGUUUUAGUAACUGUCCUCUCCGUCUCCCUCCCUCCCCUCCUGUAGGUGACGUGAUAGUGAGUGUGAACGACACCAUCGUUCUGGGUUACACCCACGCCCAGGUGGUGAAGAUCUUCCAGUCCAUCCCGAUCGGCUCCAUGGUGGACCUGGCCCUGUGCCGUGGCUACCCCCUGCCCUUUGACCCUGACGACCCCAACACCAGCCUGGUGACCUCCGUGGCCAUCCUGGACAAGGAGCCCAUCAUCGUCAAUGGCCAGGAGAGCUACGACUCUCCGUCCAGCCACGGCAGCCAGACCGGAGGGCCCGUUAAUGGGAUGAGGGAGCCACGGGCCCACAGUCCCUCAGCGGAUGUGGCGUCCAACGGCUCUCACGGCUACUCCUCCAGCGACGUGGUCACCCUGGCGUCAUCCAUCGCCGGGCAGCCAGAGCUGAUCACGGUGCACAUGGAGAAAGGCGAUAAGGGCUUUGGGUUCACCAUCGCUGACAGCCUGACGGGUGGGGGUCAGAGGGUGAAGCAGAUCGUGGACUACCCCCGCUGCAGGGGCCUGAAGGAGUCAGACAUUCUGAUGGAGGUGAACAAGAGGAACGUCCAGAACAUGAGCCACAACCAGGUGGUGGACCUGCUCAGCAAGUGUCCCAGAGGGAGCGAGGUCACCAUGCUGGUGCAAAGAGGUACGUAG